AUAACAUUUAUGCCAAAACAAGUUUAAUAAAAGUAGGCUGGAGGAAAAUUCGUUUCAACUGGAGAUCCUGUAGCAGAUGAUAGAAAUUGGAUAGGAAGAGUUAAUAAUGAAUUAACAUGUACAGCUGCUUGGAAUAGAGAUUGGGGAUUUUUAGCAGGCAAUUCAGAAAAUCUUAAAUUAGAGGAUGCUACUAAACCAUAUAAUAUAGAUGAAUAAAUUAAAAAUCUAUAAUAAGUAUUUCUAAAUAUAUAUAUAUAUCAAAAGGAAAUAGAAAAAAUUUAAGUUGAUCCUAAUAAAAUUACUAUUAAUAGAACCUAUGGCAAAGGAGAUGCAUUAGAAAAGUUUUAAACUGAUCAAUAUAAUAAAACAAGAAACAAAGAUCUUAAACCAUAAGAUAGAAAAAUUCCAAAAACUUGGAAAUAUUAAAAAGGAUGGAAACCAGAACCUGAUCCUUAUGAUCCAAUCUAAAAUAUGUUCAAAAGUAAUAAAAAGAAAUGA